AUGUCACUUUACGGCGAUUUACCUCCUCCCACACAUUCAGCACCCAAUGUAGAUAAAGAGGAAACUCAACAAUCCGCAAUGGAAACGCAAUCUACGAGUUCGAAAUCAAAAUCUGCUCUUCCAGUUGGUUGGACUCCAGGAACUUUACGUUUUAUGCCUACUAUUCAAAGAAAACCUGUUAUACAAGCAAAACCAAAACUUACUCCUAAGGUCCCUGUAACAUCUCCCAAUCCUCCCGCCGUAUCGACUUCUCCAAACCAAAAUAUCGUUACAACUUCUAGUCUAAACAGUGUCGUAUCAACUCCGCCUCCUGUUGCUGUCUCUACUGAUAGUGAACCUAUCGCCACACCUAGUUCUACGUCAAUUUCUUCUCCAAAACAGUCUUUAGGUUCGGAAGAUGUCAAUGAUUAUAAAGCUUUUGUGAAUAAUCAACGCAAUCAACGUAGCGCUUUUGAAAAAGGGAAAAAACAAGGAAAAGGUGUUAAAAGGCAAGCACCCUUAUCAAUGGAAGAUGACUAUGACCCUACACGUCCAAAUGAUUAUGAAGAAUAUAAAGAAUAUGAAAAAAAACGUAAAGAAAUAGCUUAUCAUGAAGAACAUUCUCGACGUAGAUCAAUGAGUCCAGAACCAAGGCAACGUACACCACCUCGUUCAUUUCCUCCCCCACCAACAUUAUAUUCAGAAACUCAAUCAUCAGCAGCUGAAACAUCCGUACAAGAAAUUCCUAGACCGCGUACUCCGCCUGCUAAGAUCGAUUUAGAUAUAACUGGUGAAGAAGCAUUCUUAAGAAGAGCACGGCUGAGCAACCAGACAGCUCAAAAAUCUCCUGAACCAAAACCUUCAUCUGGUCUAUCUAGUGGUGAAGAUUUUGCCCAUCGAAUACUUGCUAAAUAUGGUUGGCAGGAAGGUCAAGGUUUAGGAAAAAAUGAACAAGGUAUUAAUGAACCUCUGAAAGUCCAAAAAACGGACUAUAGAUCAGGAAUCAUCGUUAAUACAUCCACUAAUAUACCGGCUCAAGCGAAAAGUGAUCCAAUUCCUUCGAAUGUUGAAGUACCUUCCAGAGUAAUUUUAUUGACCAAUAUGGUUGGUCCUGGUGAAGUGGACGAUACUCUUCAAGAAGAAACAGCUGAUGAAUGCAAUGAAAAAUAUGGAACUGUGGAACGUUGCCUUAUAUUUGAGGUACCUCACGGCAAGUUACCAGAUGAUCAAGCUGUAAGAAUAUUCGUAAAGUUUGAGGCACAAGCAGCUGCAUUAAAAGCGAAGAAAGAUCUUAAUGGUCGUUUCUUUGGAGGUCGUUCCGUAACUGCUAAGUUCUUCGACGAAUCAAGAUUUGACAAAUACGAUUUGGCACCUUCUCCAGCAGAAAUCCAAAAAGCCAAACAAAAGGAAUAG